CCGUCCUGGCCACUCCACUCGCCUUCCAGUCCAGGCAAUCUUUUGCCCCCUCCGCCUCCCUCUCACAACGCGUCCCUUUUGGUGCUGUUCCAGGCCUGAUCGAUCAGCUCCAUUUACACGCCCUUUUCCCCCUCCUGUCUCCGUUGCUCCAGCCUCGUAAUUAUAUUACCCUACUAGUCUUUGCCCCCACAGGGCCAUCGAAAGGCGUGGCAGCCAAGUAAUGGUAUCAGCUGGUCAGGUCCUCUGGAGGGUUGGCCCUGGCAAAGGCCACCGGGAGCAAGCGAAUUCAAGCGAGAAAAAAAGGCGAGGCCUUUUGCUGUAUGUCUCUGUGUGAUCAGCAGGCCAGGGGGAGGUCGCCAUGAUUCUUGCGAGGCCGGGCGAGAUCAUAAGCGAAAGACAAAAAGGCCGAAAGGCGCAUCAUGCUGCCACAUGACACACCCCUAUACAAAAGCUAGCCCUAGACACACCAGCAGAAGCAUCCAUCCAUCUCGCUUCCACGCCAAUUAAACGUAGUAGGAGACAAGGAGGACACCGCAACCUUAUUUGAGAGCCAGCAGCUGCUAGCUCCUCCUCCAAUCGGAUCGGCGAUCGAUGGGUGGUCACGGCGACCACCACAGCCACCACCACCACCAGGAAGUGGGAGUGCUCGUCGACGACGACGAGGAGGAGCUGAUCGAGCACCAUGCGAGGGCGGCCUGCGGUGGCGCCACGAGCGGAGUGGUGGAGCAAGGAGUAGGAGAUGGCGGUGGUGGUCAAGACGCCGCAGGCAUGGUGUUCGAGGCGAGCAGUAGCGUGGGGAGCGUGAGUGCGGCAACCAUGGCGCCGCCCCAGAUCCUCUGCUGGCCACCGCCGCAGUCCGCGCCGCCACAGCAGCAGCAGCAGCAGCUUCACCAGGACCACCACCACCACCACCACAGCGUCGGCCAGCAGUCUCCGUUCUUCCCGCUUCUGCCGCCGCUCCCCCCGCAGCCUGCCCCGCCGCCGCCGUUCUUCGCCGACUUCUACGCGCGGCGCGCGCUCCAGUUCGCGUACGAUCACCACCACCAUUCGGGCGGCGGCCCGUCCACGUCGUCGGACCCGCUCGGCCUCGGCGGCCUCUACAUGGGGAUGGGGCACCACGGCGGCUCCGGGAUGAUGAUGCCCCCGCCGUUCGCGUCGUCGCCGUUCGGGGACUUCGGCCGGAUGACCGCGCAGGAUAUCAUGGACGCCAAGGCGCUGGCCGCGUCCAAGAGCCACAGCGAGGCCGAGCGCAGGCGCCGCGAGCGCAUCAACGCGCACCUCGCGCGCCUCCGCAGCCUCCUGCCCAACACAACCAAGACAGACAAGGCGUCCCUGCUGGCGGAGGUGAUCCAGCACGUCAAGGAGCUGAAACGGCAGACGUCGGAGAUUGUCACGGAGGAGGCGUGCCCGCUCCCCACCGAGUCCGACGAGCUCACCGUCGACGCGUCCAGCGACGAGGACGGCCGCCUCGUCGUGCGCGCGUCGCUCUGCUGCGACGACCGCGCCGACCUCCUCCCCGACCUCAUCCGCGCGCUCAAGGCGCUCCGCCUGCGCGCGCUCAAGGCCGAGAUCACCACCCUCGGCGGCCGCGUCAAGAACGUGCUCGUCAUCACCGCCGACGACAGCGCCGGCGGCGGCUGCGAGGGGGCGGGGACGGCGGAUGACGACCAGCAGGAGGAGGCAGCAGCGCCCAUGUCGCCGCAGCACACGGUCGCGUCCAUCCAGGAGGCCCUGCGCGCCGUCAUGGAGCGCACGGCGUCGUCGUCGGCCGCCGCCGAGGAGUCGGGAGCGGCGGCAUCAUCAGGCGGCGCCGCCGGGCUCAAGCGGCAGCGCACGACGAGCCUUUCGGCGAUCCUAGAGAACAGGUCCAUCUAAAAGCUAACAUAUAUCCACCGUCACUUGAUGAGAUCGAUGUGCAAAACGAAACGAGAAACACAACAGUAGAAACAAACACCACAAUUUCUCAUAGUUGAUCAUAAUACCAUCCAUGCAUGCAACUAGCUAGCUACUCAUGAAGUUAUGGAUGAUAAUGCAUGUUUGCCAGUUGCCAGCAACCACGACUAUUUUUUUUUAGUUUAUUUUCAUUUAUUUAUAGUCUUCCUCUCUUGUGUAUUAUUGAUCUCAAUCGGUAGUGUUUCUGCAUGCAAGCAUGGGAUAUCCUCAUCAAUCAAAUACAACGAUAUAUUCGUUUUUUC